AUGCGCAUCGCGGCCACCUCACGCCUUCUGUACACGGUGCUCUGCCUCGUGCUUCCGCUUCCCAUUUUGGCUCUUGCCAACCCAACAUCUCGCUGCCGCAAAACCAACAAGAUGCCUUCUCGCCAAGAGCUCACCCAGACCCGAGACGACUACCUAACGCUCUGGGGCGGUGACCUAUCGCUGGCGGACAGGGUUCUCUUCCAGGACGUCAAGCUCAACAUUGACCGUCCUCCAUCGGCCAACGGCAGCGCUCCCGUCGUUGCCAACGACCCCGGGGCAUUCGUUAACUUUGUCAAGUUCGCGCAUGCGGGCUGGGAAACAUCCGAGUUCAAGGUGAUUCAUUGGGUGGCCGAGGGGCAUAAUAUUGCCAUCCGCUGGAAGGCCGAGGCUAUCAUGGGCAAGGACUAG